AUGUCGAAUUCAAAUACCAGUCAGCGACGUUUAUUUAAAGAUUUACAAAAAAUUCAAAGUGAAGAAUUACCAGGUAUCAAUGCAACUCCCGUUGAUAAUGAUAUGCGUGUAUGGAAUGCUUUAAUCGAUGGACCAGCUGAUACAUGCUAUGAAGAUGGAUUAUUUACACUUCGAAUGGAAUUCACAGAUACCUAUCCAUUAACACCACCUAAUGUUCGAUUUACUUGUAAAAUGUUUCAUCCAAAUGUUUAUGCUGAUGGUAGUAUAUGUUUGGAUAUAUUACAACGAAAUUGGAGUCCAACAUAUGAUGUAUGUGCUAUAUUAACAUCAAUUCGUUCAUUAUUAAAUGAUCCAAAUCCAAACUCUCCAGCUAAUAAUGAAGCAGCUAAAUUAUUUUUAGAAAAUCGUCGAUUAUAUGAAUCAAAAGUACGUAAAUUAGUUGAAGAAUCUAUAAUGGCUGAUCAAAUAACAAAUGAUUUAAAAUUAAAUGAUGAUAAUGAUGAUGAUGAGAAAAAAAAAUCAAUUGAUAAAUCAUCACCAUCAACAUCAAACAAUAAUAAUAAUAAUAAUAAUAAUAAUAAUAAUAAUACUAAUGACAAUAAUAAUAAUACUAACAAUCAAGAGGCUCAAGCAACAGCAGCAUCAGCUUCAUCAACAAAUUCAUAA